GCGGCGGCAACAGGGCGGCCAUUGAAACGGCCAUGUUGGCUGAGUAAUUUAGUGUAGAGGACGUGUGAUUUAAAUUAAAUACGACCUAUCAACUACAGUAUAUGGUCAAUUAUCAUAAAGACUAACUAAACUAACUACAUAAACACAAAGCAAUGGCAAUUCCGACAUAUUGAAAACGCUGAUAAGCCACCACACAAACACACACACACACAUAGAGACCCACACUCUCACGCACACACUGACUGGCUGACUCUGACUCUUUCUGGCUGAUGGUGAGCGAGAGCAUUUAAAAAGAAUUUGUUCAACCAUGGGCAGCGACAGUUCACAUUCACGUUCCAUAUCAACAACGUACGAGACGUCGACUAACUAACAAAAGCGCUUUAUUUGAGUAGAUUUACUCUGUCAAGAAGGUACUAGAAGCCAUCAAAGAAGCAUAAUCGGUGAAAUCAAAGCAAUUGAAAUUAAAGCAAUCGUUUGCCUUCUAUGCCAGUGUGUGUAAAGGCAACAAAAGAUUUGAUAAAAUACAAAAAUAAAAACAAUUUGAUUUCGGUCGUCAGCCUAUUUAACUUUGACUAACUUCAACGAGGUGUCUCAUUCUCAUUUGUGCAUUUCGUAAAAGCGCAUCGCAAAAUAAUAAUAAUAACCAUUGAUUUGUGACAAAUUCUCAAUUUCUGUGAUUUUUGUGUAUAAAGACUAACAAGAGAAACGAUGAUGAAAUUCUUAGCAAGUUUUUUGGUUCUGGCCGUUGUGGCCCAACAGGCAUAUGGAGAUUUUAAAUUGAAACAGGGUGAUGGAGAAUCAAGUUCGAGCAUUGUAAACGACCUGGGCAAGCAAAAGCGAAAGAAUAUAGAAAAGAGCAAGUCAAAAGAUGAUGAAUAUCAAGAUCAAAAUCAAAGUCGGUGCUCUCUGGAGGUUCCUGAGAUUCCCAAGAACUGGAUUGACAUGAAGGAUGCCUGCAUUGCUGGCGUACGCCAUCAGAUUCAGGAGGAGAUCAAUGCUUCCUACCAAUACCUGGCCAUGGGUGCCUAUUUUGCUCGCGAUACCGUUAACCGUGGUGGCUUUGCCGAACACUUCUUCAAGUCCGCCAAGGAGGAACGUGAGCAUGGCUCCAAACUGGUCGAAUAUCUGUCCAUGCGUGGUCAGUUGACCGAUAAUGUCAGCAACCUUAUCACUGUGCCGACUGUGCCCAAGCAGGAAUGGAAGGAUGGCGCCAGUGCUCUGGAAGAUGCUCUUGAAUUGGAGAUUAAGGUUACUCGCUCCAUUCGCAAACUGAUCCAGACCUGCGAGGGCAAGCCCUACAACCAUUACCAUCUUGUGGACUAUCUUACUGGUGUCUAUUUGGAGGAGCAAUUGCACGGACAACGCGAGUUGGCCGGCAAGUUGACCACUCUGAAGAAGAUGAUGUCCACUCACGGCGAAUUGGGCGAAUUCCUGUUCGACAAGAACUUGUAAGGUGGUCCUAACUAAUCCACCUCAACCCUUCAGCCAGCAGCCAUUCAUUUGUAGCUUUUAAUCUGUGCUCUUCAACAAAAAAAAUUUACUGAACAAACAUUUAUAUUCCAAAAUUCAUCUAGUAUUUCUGUCAUCUAUGAGCUAAGAUCCGCCCCCUUUACACUUUAGUCCGUUCAUUAAACUAUAUAAAAUGGAAAAUAAUUUCAGUCUAUCUCUCUCUCCUUCUCGCUCUUAAAAAAAUAAAUAAUUCAAAAUUUUUGUAAUUCGGAAAUUUGCCAAGCACAGUGAAA